GUAUGCAAGUUUUAUUCUGGGCCAUUUCAGUUUGUGGCUGCCUGGGAUGAUGAGGAUGAAUGCAGCCAGAUGCUGCUGGAGUUCUUCGGUGGCACUCGUCCUGCGGACGAGCUAAAUCGGCUGGUUCGGCGGUUGCUGGAUUGGCGUGCAUCGGUGGAACGGCGUGUAUCACUUCCCAGGCAAGUAGCAGAUGUGGUCCCACGUAGGCCAGUCAAGUUCCCACGUCGGGAGCAAAGCAAAGAGGAGAUUUUCAGUGGCCUGGUGCUUGGUAGUCCGGCGCUAGCUUUGGAGGUGCUGCAGAAGUCGAUCCGACAACGGAAGCUGAUUCAUGGAGCACAGGGCGAGAAUCGCGAGGCUCUGCUGCGUGAGAAGUGGGCUCUUGUGCUUGCGCAGUAUAUUGAGGAGGCUGGACUGCCUUGCGCUGCUGGGGUGGCUGCUCUGCCCAAUCCACGGGCAGCCUGGUGUCGGCUAUUCGGCACUCGGCGUGGGAAGACGCUCCGCAAUCGUGCUCUGGCAUGGCGCAAGUUUCAUUCGUGGCUUGAGAUUACCUUCGGCGAAAGCUGGCCGGGAGGAGUUGAUCGCUUCGUAAAGUAUCUCACUGAACGACAUGAUAUUCAGCCAAUGGGAAAGACUGUACCAUCUUCACUUAUGGCAGCUUUAUCAGUGCUUGAGAGUGUUGGGCAGGUGCCAGCAAGCAGCAGGUUUUCGAUGGAUCAACUGCUUAUGAGCACGAUCCAGUCCUGGACUGAAGAGCUCGAAACAGUGGCGUUGCCGGUCAGGAAGGCACCUGCACUUACUGUGGCUAUGGUGUUGUCAUGUGAGCUGACAGUCUGCAGGGUUACUCUUCCUGCGGGGCUACGUUUUCUUGCGUUUGUGCAGCUGCUCAUGCUUUGGUCGACUAUGAGGUGCGAUGAUGUGCAACACAUUGAUCCAUUCUCAGUCACUCUGUCGCAGAUCGGCUUGAAGUUCAUUCUGCGCCGGACAAAGACUAGCGGACCGGGCCGGCGUACUGGUGAACUGCAAGGAUAUGUGUCAAGAGUGAUUUCUUUGAGUGGUUUCGAUUGGCUCUUGGAGGGGUACCGUUUGCUUCAGACGUCUGAGCUGCACUGGCCGCGGGAUUAUUUAUGUCCAGCGAUGGAUGAAUCCUGGAAUGUUGGAUUUUCAUAUGUGGAGGCUCAGGAUUUGGCUGUACUUCUGCGUCGAUUGCACAAGGAGCUUCGGGUGCCCUUGUGCCGUGAGGGCACUUGGGGAACAAGUGCCACGAAGCUGUUGCCCGCGUCGGUGGCCGCGUAUUGGACAGGUCAUUCUGCGCGGCAUGCUCUGCCAACAUGGGCACUCUCGCUGGGUGCUGACAAAUCAAAGUGCGAUUUCCUUGGACGCUGGAGAUGCUCGCAAGGCAGCUCUUUGGAUUAUCUUACAACUGCCCGGCAGAUCGUGCAAGGACUACAGAACUUCGUUUGCAAAUCCUUGGUAGAAGGAACUGCAGAGGGUGGAUUGAUUGAGGAGGAGCUCUUUCAGUCUAUCCAGUCUUUUGCAGACGCAGCCGGGCAGGAUGGCAUUCAAGUGAUUGCGUGGCAUCAGGUCCUCGAGUGGACCGAUUACACAUGGAAGCUCGGAGGCAUUCACCCCUUGCUGGCGGUGGGUCCUGAGCGCUACGAGAUUUCGCGUGGACGCCUGGAAGCUGAGUUGCCUGCUGAAGAGAAGGAUGCUGGGGAAGAAGAAUCUUCGCCUGUGCAGUUCGACAAGAGCGCUGUAUGGAGACUUCCAGCAGUGGAUCGGAAGAUUCGCUGGUUCCGGGGAAUGACGGGCAGGGGGAACCUCCGGGAUCGGCGGAUGAUGGCUGGAAUGUCCUUUGAGUUUGUGCGUUUUACUGCAGCUAGUGAUACCACAGGCAUGGCGGGAGGCGCGCCUGGUCCACUUGAUUACCCCAAUGGCAUCGAUGAGGCAGCGGCUUUGCGGCAUCUGGACGUGGAGGUGGCAUCGGAUCUGCGGCAUAUCUUCCAGGAGUGCGGGGUGCCUCUGCCUUUGCAAUACCGCUUGAGCAUCAACUUUCGUACUGUGAGACGCUUUGCGAGUUAUGCUGAUUCAAGGGCUGAAGUUCGGGCUGCUCUUCGGACUGAUCACACUCUGGAUGCUACGGAUCAAGCUUCCCGGGCCGUGGUGGCCUCUGUGGUAGCUGCUUGGGAGGCUUCCAAAGAGUAUGCUGGCAAGGAGGCAUCGCUCAAAGCAGAAGCGCGGGUCUUAGGUGUGGUGCGGCCGGUGACACAGACAGAGAAGCAGGCUAUGCGUGCAGCUUUCGAGGCUGUUCAUGGAUCCAUUGAGGAGACCUACGAGCCUUCGGAGGAGUACUUGUCAGCCAAAAUAGAGGAGGUCGAAUCUGGUGAAGUGUCGGCCUCACCGCUUUCGGAGGUGAUCUCAAAGAAGCGGGCCAAGACUCAGGGCAUUCAAACCAGUGUGGACACGACUGGACAUGUUCGCAUCGUUCGUCAGAAAGCCAAAGGAAAUCUGCCUGCUCAUACGGAGGAGCUCCGCACUGUCCUACGCGUUGAGGCGAACAUGUGGACCUUCCUGGCUAGCAAGUAUCGGAACCAGGCCAUGUUCCGUGGCAUGACUCCAGCAGUGUGGCUCGACUAUGUCAACUACUUGUUGGGUGACAAAGUCUACUUGAUGCAAGUCCCGACUCCCGGGGGAAAGGGCAAGGGUGACCAACAACCACUUCGUCCUCCGUGGCAGGUGCUGCUCACAUAUGAGUAUGAGAUGCGUCGCGAAGCUGUCAAGAAGGCCUUCCGUGAGUCGCGGGCACUGGUGGAUACAUUGGCAGAGGUUCAAGGAAAUGCUCAGUUGAAAGAGCAAUUCUUCGUGUCCCCAUUGCGCUCCAGGGUCGCAGUGAGCCUGCUUGGAAACGUCCCUGGAAAUCGCAAGGGCGACUUCAAGGGCAGCAGGAAGGGCAAGGAGGCAAAGUCAGGCAAGAAGGGCAAGGACCGCAAGGGUGGUGAUCUUGUGACUCGCACGCCCGACAAUCGGCUCAUCUGUUUUGCUUACAGUGGGGCCGGCUGCGACGGGAGCUGUGGCAUGGUACAUUGCUGUCAGGUCCGCGGCUGCGGCAAGCCACAUCCCACUUGGCAGCAUUGGAUGGAGCAUCAUGGUGCUUCGCGGGCAACAGAUGGGGCUGGCGCGAAGAGCUGA